AUGGAUCGUAUUGUUCAGUCACUGGAAUCCCGCUUUGUACAACACAAACAGUUGUACAAAGAUUUAUCUUGCUUGGACUCUACAAAUUUUAAAACAAUUGCUGAGAAAAGUCUUAAAGAUGAAGCAGUGAGAGGAAUUAUCAAGUUGUUUCCACAAAUCAUCAGAGAUCAAUUCGAGAGGGCAUUUUCAAAACUGAAGAUUAUAAAGACAAGGUUAAGAAAUUCAAUGUCUGAGGAAAACUUGGAAUCUUACAUGUUACCAUCCAUUGAAAAGGAAAUUUUAGAUGAGCUGGAUAAUGAAAACAACAAAUCUAAAAACGUCUAUGUCCGCAACAGGGUGAAUGAGAUAAGUCAGGUCACUAAAGUGAGGUACCUCUAUGUACCUGGUGAAGACGACCCAGCAGACCUUGUCUCUAGAGGAAUUUCCAUGCGGCAGUUUAAGAAAAGUCAAAUUUGGUUCCAUGGCCCAAGUUGGCUCCCAAACCCAGAGAUGUGGCCAGAGCAGACAGAAGUAUUUACAUGCCACCCACCUGAAACACCUGAAGAAAUUUUAACUACAGUUGUCAGUGAAGAAGCUACUUGUCCCAUAGAUAUCCAUUUGCCUCCAACUGAUGCUCCACCAGUUCCUCCAACUGAUGCUCCACCAGUUCCUCCAACUGAUGCUCCACCAGUUCCUCCAACUGAUGCUCCACCAGUGCCUCCAACCAACCCACCAACAGUUCCGCCAACCAACCCACCAACAGUUCCUCCAACCAACCCUCCAACAGUUCCUCCAACCAACCCUCCAACAGUUCCGCCAACCAACCCACCAACAGUUCCUCCAACUAACCCUCCAACAGUUCCACCAACCAACCCACCAACUGUUUCUCCAACUAACCCUCCAACACCCACCAACAGUUCCUCCAACUCGACAGUUCCUCCAACUAGCCCACCAACUGUACCUCCAACUACACCACCAACAACUGCAAAUCCAACAACAACGUCGACAGCAACUUGUAGUAUUACAAGAGCUUACUGCCCGGACUGUGGCGUGGCGUCGAUCGACGUAACUGGUGUAAGGAUCGUUAACGGGACAGCUGCCUCCGCAAACGAGUACCCUUAUCAAGUCAUUAUUGUGCCAACCAUUCUUGGCAACACAUACCAGUGCGGAGGGUCCAUCAUCAAGAAGAGAUGGAUCCUCACAGCUGCUCAUUGCUUCUUUGACCAAAGUGGGAACAAGGCGGCGCAGAACGCCAUCCAGGUCGGAUACGGCGGCAACAAUCAGAACUCACUCACUUACGUCACCGCCACCAGAUUUAUUCUUCACGAAAACUACAACCCAUCGAGGGAGGAUGACGACAUAGCUCUCAUCGAGCUUCCUAGUGACCUCAACUACGAAAGUGAUCCCAAAAUCCAGCCCAUCUGCCUGGCCGAGGAAUCCGACAUCACCGUCGGAGGGAAAGCCGUCGUGACCGGAUGGGGAGCCCUGGCCUUCCAGGGAAGUACUCCGGACGACCUGCAGGAGGUGGCCCUCGACAUCAUAUCGACUACUCAGUGCCAAAGCCUAACUGGCCUUCCCACUAACACAGCUACUGUUCUGUGCGCGCUGACUCCCUACAAAGAUUCUUGCCAGGGUGACAGUGGAGGACCCCUCGUGGUGAAAGUGUGCCCAAACCGCUGGGUGCAAAUUGGCAUUGUGAGCUACGGCGAAGGAUGUGCGAAUCCAGCAAAACCCGGAGUUUACACUCGUGUGCCGGCCUACAGGACUUGGAUCGAUAACAACACAGGUUCUGCGACAACCUGUUAAUCAUUGCCAAUAAGCUUUUGAUGGUUUUACGAAUGUGACUCGUUGCGAUUCUACUGGUGCGUGUUUUCCUCUUGAUCUAGAUUUUGGUCACAUUUUAUUUCAAUUUAGUUUUCCACACCGAAAUCUGCAGAUAGUCUACUAUUCAGCCGUCCCUCUAGAACGUUCAUCCAUAACAGUAGGUACUCUUUUGUUAUGAAAAAUUGAUGAGAGGCAAAAUAUAAAUUUGCUUUCACUCCCUUUAGUAUGUAAACUAAAAUUCAAAUAUCAAAAGGAAAGCACCACAUUUGUAAGAUAAUGUCAUCUUUUCACUACUUUCAAGGAGUUCUCUCUUGAACAUAUAAUUAAAAGUUUCAACUAAUUUCAACAAUGAAUGUUCCACUGCCUUACUUUAUGCCCCAAAUAAAUGGUUGAAGAGC